AUUCUAUUUCACCCCAGCAACUCACUUUUUUCUUUUGCAAUGGCCGCUGUGAAAAGUCAAAUGUCCUAUCUGGAGCCAUGGUCCUCUAAGGAGGAAGGGCCAUACGUGCGUGGUAAAGUGGAGGAUGAUCAUCCGCGCACCAACUUCACGAACCAGACCUACGACGUUGAGAUCCAUAACGCUAGACCAGAGAUGGAAUCGUUCACACUUGACACUCAUGGAUUUGCGUUCCAGCGCGAUGAUGGCAUAGAAGUCGCUAUUGCAGAUGCGAUACGAAACAAAGACAAAGACUUGAUAGAAGAAAAAUACUAUACCAAAGUCAAAGAUCUAGUCAUGCGUCAUACCGGGGCGUCGAAGGUCAUUAUAUUCGACCACACAUACCGUCGACGUGAUGCUUCGCUGCAACCAAAUGAAAAUCCCAAUGGCAGGGAACAACCAGCAACACUGGUACACUGCGACCAAUCUGCUUUCGGGGCCGUCGCAAGAGUAAAACGGCACGCUGGAGCAGAGGCCGAAAGCCUUCUUCGUGGCCGGACACAAGUAAUCAAUGUGUGGCGACCCAUUCACGGGAUUGUUGAAGAUUGGCCGCUCGCGGUGAUGGAUUAUCAAAGCUUGAAACAAUCGGAAAUCCACCCGACAAACAUAUAUAAAGAGAAAAAGGAGGUUCAAGGUCAAACCGUCUCCGUAUGCCAUUCGCUUGACCAGAAAUGGUUUUAUCUGGAUCGACAGACACCAGAAGAAACGACUUUGAUCAAGAUUUGGGACAGCAGUGAGGAUGUGGCGAAAAUGUGUGCUCAUUGCGCUUUUCCGCACCCCCGAGCACCAGCUGACGCUCAGCCUCGCGAAAGCGUUGAAGUUCGUUGCCUGGUUUUUUACACUGAUUCAUGA